CUUAAUUUGAUCAAUCAUCCCCUCUCUCUCUUCUUUAAUUUUUCCAAGAAAAAAAAAUAUCAACAACAACAAUAAAUGGUCAUGAAUAUAAAGAAUUUCUUCAAGAAGGAUUCUUCUUCUUACAACAAAGAAAAAUUGUUGAUACAUGAUGAAAAAAGAAAUGGUUGUUGUAUUUAUUUCAACAAUAUUCAAGAUUUUGCUAAGAAAGCAAUUGAAAUGGGUAAAAAUGAUCCAAGAAAGAUCAUUUUUUCAUUAAAAAUGGGAUUUGCUUUAUUUUUUGUGUCUCUUCUUAUUUUCUGGAAGGAACCAUUUCCAGAGAUUGCUCAGUUCUCAAUAUGGGCAAUCUUAACAGUUCUUAUUAUGUUUGAGUUCACCAUAGGAGGAACACUUAUUAAAGGAUUUAAUCGUGGUUUGGGUACAUUAUUUGCUGGGAUGCUUGCUUUCAUCUUUGCUCAAUUAGCGUUAUGGGCUGGAGAGUGGGAAAAAGUUGUAUGGAUUUUCAGUAUUUUUAUCGUAGCAUUUUGUGGAACAUAUUUGAAGUUAUAUCCAACAAUGGCACCAUAUGAAUAUGGAUAUCGAGUAUUUAUUUUAACAUAUUGUAUUCUCAUUAUGGCUGGAAAUAGGACUGGAGGAUACAAUGUGGCAAUUUUAACUCGUUUAGCCCUAAUUGCUCUUGGUGCUUGUAUUUGUUUGAUUAUUAAUAUUGGUAUUUGCCCUAUUUGGGCUGGUGAAGAUUUGCAUCGAUUGGUCGUUAAGAAUUUUAUGGAUCUUGCAACGUCUUUGGAAGGUUGUAUUGAUGGAUAUUUAAAUUGUGUUGAGUGUGAUGAAUCUACAAAUCACUCGGAAUAUAAUGGAUACAAAUCGGUUAUAGAAUCCACAAGUCGAGAGCAAACAUUGCUUGGAUUUGCUAUUUGGGAGCCACCUCAUGGACGUUAUAAAAUGCACAAGAAUCCAUGGAGAGAUUUUGUCAAAUUAAGCAGUGAAUUGAGGCAUUGUGCAUUCAUGGUCAUGGCAUUACAUGGAUGCAUCCAAUCAAAAAUUCAGGCACCACCAGAUAAGAGGAAGGUUUUUCAAAAUGAGCUUAAAAGAGUCGGUAUCGACGCUACAAAUGUUCUACGUGAGCUAGGAACAAAAUUAGAUAAAAUGGAAGCACUAAAUAGUCAUGAAAAUAUCCUAAAAGAAGUACAUGAGACAGCACAAAAUCUUCAGAAAAAAAUAGACAACAAGUCAUAUCUCUUAGUCAACUCAAAAAAUUGGGAAAUUGGAAAACCAAACAUUAUUAACAAUUUUGAUGAUUCUUCAAAUGAAAAUGAAAAUGGUAGUAGUGAAAAUUUGCCAUUAAAUUUUCAAUCACUUAGUGAAACAUCCAUUGACAUAAGGGAUUUGCAUACUCCACAAUAUCCAAAAGACCAAUUGGUCACAAAGUCAAUGUUAUUUAACAAGCAAAAUCAUUGGCCUUCAUGUCUCUCAUUACUUGAUGGUGAAAAGAUUGAUACAAUUGAUGAAAUUGAAACUUAUUUAAGUGCUAGUGCUUUGUCUUUGGCUACUUUUGCUUCACUUCUCAUUGAAUUUGUUGCAAGGCUACAAAAUGUGGUUGAUUGUUUUGAAGAACUGAGUCAAAGGGCAGAGUUUAAAGAGCCCAUUAGUGUCAAGAGUUAAAAGAAUUUAUCAAGUACUCCU